GCCCCCUCCCCUUGACGUGGCAGAGGCGGCACCAGCCAUGUUGGCCGGGCCGAGGUCCUCGCGGAGGCCGGGGGCGGGGCGGUGCCGGCCUUGAUUGCGGUGCUACCGGUGCUUCGGCUGCGCGGAGAGGGCUGAUUUGGUGUGGCUGAGGCUGGCGUCCGGCGCGGAUCUGGUGGAACGAAAAUAAGAAUCAAGCUCCACAAUGACAACCUAUUUGGAAUUUAUCCAACAAAAUGAAGAACGAGAUGGAGUCCGAUUUAGUUGGAAUGUUUGGCCAUCAAGUCGACUGGAAGCUACAAGAAUGGUUGUUCCAGUGGCAGCCCUGUUUACACCACUGAAAGAGAGACCUGACUUACCGCCUAUUCAAUAUGAACCUGUUCUUUGUAGUAGGACCACUUGCCGUGCAGUUUUGAAUCCUUUAUGUCAAGUGGAUUAUCGAGCAAAACUCUGGGCUUGCAACUUUUGUUAUCAAAGAAAUCAGUUUCCACCUACUUAUGCUGGUAUAUCUGAACUGAAUCAGCCUGCUGAACUUUUACCUCAGUUUUCUAGCAUUGAAUAUGUAGUUCUGCGUGGUCCUCAGAUGCCUUUGAUAUUCCUCUAUGUGGUUGAUACUUGCAUGGAAGAUGAAGAUUUACAAGCCCUGAAAGAGUCCAUGCAGAUGUCAUUAAGUCUUUUACCACCUACAGCUUUGGUUGGACUAAUUACUUUUGGGAGAAUGGUGCAGGUUCAUGAACUUGGAUGUGAAGGCAUUUCAAAAAGCUAUGUCUUCAGAGGAACGAAAGAUCUAUCUGCUAAGCAGCUGCAGGAAAUGCUGGGGCUUUCUAAAGUGCCAGUUACUCAAGCAACACGUGGUCCUCAGGUACAGCAGCCACCUCCUUCCAACAGAUUUCUACAGCCAGUACAGAAAAUAGACAUGAAUCUCACAGAUCUUCUGGGAGAACUUCAGCGAGACCCUUGGCCUGUACCACAGGGAAAGAGACCUUUGCGCUCCUCUGGGGUGGCCCUUUCCAUAGCUGUAGGACUGCUAGAGUGUACUUUCCCCAACACUGGUGCUCGCAUCAUGAUGUUCAUUGGCGGUCCUGCUACUCAGGGACCUGGAAUGGUGGUUGGAGAUGAAUUGAAGACACCCAUAAGAUCGUGGCAUGACAUUGAAAAAGACAACGCAAAAUAUGUUAAAAAGGGAACUAAGCAUUUUGAAGCAUUGGCUAAUCGAGCUGCUACAACUGGCCAUGUCAUUGACAUCUAUGCAUGUGCGUUAGAUCAGACAGGGCUCCUGGAAAUGAAAUGCUGCCCCAACCUUACUGGUGGAUACAUGGUAAUGGGGGACUCUUUCAACACUUCCUUAUUCAAACAAACUUUUCAGAGAGUCUUUACCAAAGAUAUGCACGGACAGUUUAAAAUGGGCUUUGGUGGUACACUGGAAAUAAAGACCUCAAGGGAAAUAAAGAUUUCGGGAGCUAUUGGGCCCUGUGUUUCGCUUAAUUCUAAAGGACCGUGUGUGUCUGAAAAUGAAAUAGGAACAGGUGGCACCUGUCAGUGGAAGAUAUGUGGACUCAGUCCCACUACAACCUUAGCCAUAUAUUUUGAAGUCGUCAAUCAGCAUAAUGCUCCAAUUCCUCAAGGAGGGCGUGGUGCAAUCCAGUUUGUGACUCAGUAUCAGCAUUCAAGCGGGCAGAGACGCAUCCGAGUGACCACCAUUGCUAGGAACUGGGCAGAUGCUCAAACUCAAAUCCAAAACAUCGCUGCAUCUUUUGACCAGGAGGCAGCUGCUAUUCUUAUGGCCCGGCUGGCCAUAUAUAGAGCAGAAACGGAAGAAGGGCCAGAUGUGCUUAGAUGGCUGGAUAGACAGCUCAUUCGACUGUGUCAGAAGUUUGGAGAAUAUCACAAAGAUGAUCCAAGUUCCUUCAGAUUCUCAGAAACAUUUUCCCUUUAUCCACAGUUUAUGUUUCAUUUAAGAAGAUCUCCUUUCUUACAAAUUUUUAACAAUAGUCCUGAUGAGAGUUCCUAUUAUCGUCACCAUUUUAUGCGUCAAGAUCUGACCCAGUCUCUAAUCAUGAUUCAGCCCAUUCUGUAUGCAUAUUCUUUUAGUGGGCCACCGGAGCCGGUUCUUCUUGAUAGCAGCAGCAUUCUUGCAGAUCGUAUUCUUCUCAUGGACACAUUCUUCCAGAUUUUGAUUUAUCAUGGUGAGACAAUAGCACAAUGGCGGAAGUCAGGAUACCAGGACAUGCCGGAAUAUGAAAAUUUCCGCCACCUUCUGCAAGCCCCAGUAGAUGACGCACAGGAGAUUCUUCAUUCUAGAUUUCCAAUGCCGAGAUACAUUGACACUGAGCAUGGGGGCAGCCAGGCCCGUUUUCUGCUUUCAAAAGUCAACCCUUCACAGACCCAUAAUAAUAUGUAUGCCUGGGGACAGGAAUCUGGAGCACCUAUUCUCACAGAUGACGUUAGUUUACAAGUAUUUAUGGAUCAUCUGAAGAAACUUGCUGUGUCCAGUGCCGCAUGAAAUGCUAAACAUGUUCAAGACACUCAAAAUGAUGAAAUAAUAUCUCAAUUAAAAUUGUUUUGCUUUUCAGUUUAUCUGUGGAAAACAACAGAUAUCUUGCUAGACUUUUUUUUCUAUUAGUAUGGUUUCAGACAACAUUUGGAAAAAUGUUCACAUUUGUAGAUGAAGCUUAUAUAAUGAGAGCAUUAAGAACAAAUUUGUUUUGCUUACCACAGUAUUAUAUCUGGUUUUAAAAUUUUGAGGUGUUUAUAGUUUAAUAAUGUUUAGGAAUAAAAAUAGAGUCUGCCUUUUAUGACAAAUAGAACUUAUUUGUGUAUUGCAAGACAAAUCCAAAGUGGCACUGAAUGUCAUUGCUGACCAUUUCAAAACUUCCUAGUUUAAGCCAGAAAGAAACAAUAUGAGUAGUAAUGAUAAAUGUGAACAUUUUUGCUUAUUCAUUGGAUAUUUUCUGUGAUUUUCAGCACUUACAUAUACACUUUUUUGUACUUAUCCUGUUAAGGCAGAUUUAUUUUUAUGAUGAUUUAUUUAGGAAUUAUCUGGCUUUAAUGUUAAUUUUCAAAAGAAUAAUUUAGUGUUUUUGAUUAUUUGCACAAACAAUGUAAAGAUGAAAAGUUUUUUUGGGUGUAACAAUCUCACAACUGACAAUAAAUAUGAAAUUUCUACAAAGUAACCAACAAAGGUGAUAAAACUUGGUAAGUUUUUUUACAGGAGAUGAAUAAUAAGCUGUUGUGUCAGGGUGCAUUUUAGCAGGCCUUUGCAUUAAAAUGCUUGGUGUACCUACUAAACCAAAUUUGGUUUUCAUUGCAAGGUUUUGUUGUUUCCCCUUGUCUUACUGAGAUAAAUUUUACAUUAUAUCCUUCAGUAUUUUUAACACUAUUUUGGGAGUUUACACAUUUUAUUUUUGCUUCCUUUCUGAAAUAUAUUAAGUUGUGAUUCUUAUUGAAACAGUAUUAUAUAAUGUUUGUUUAAUUAUAUUAUGUGGUUCUAUCUGUUCUAUCUUGAUAUAUUCAUUAGUAUCAUUCACUUUUACCUUUUAAAGGUUACUUGUAGCAAACAUGUUUACAUCACUAAAGCCUGAAAUGUUUUGACAAUGAAAUUUACCUAUCAAGUACUGCAGAUAAAAGGUGGUGCUAUGAUAUAUGCUUAGAAAGACAGUUUGGAUGAUUGUACUUGCAUGAACACAAUCAUAUGAUAAAACAAAGUUAAAAUGGUUUAUAUGUUAUAUUCAGUUAGCUUAAAUAAAUUGCCUUGUUCCAUUUUAUUUGAAUUGAACUAUGCUAGGCCUAAAUGCCAAUAAAAUACACUUUUCUCUGUU